AUGGCAGCGGGCGACACGGAUAUGACCAUAAACGACCUGGAUGGACUGUCGCCAGCUUCAAAGGUCAACAAGGCCUCCGUGCUAACAAAGGCCACCGAGUACAUCAAGCACUUGGAGAAGAAGAAUGCACAGCUCAUGGCGGAGAAUCAACAUCUGAGACAGAUUGCCGCCGGCAACAUGUCUCCUCAACAACAACAGAUGUUGAUGGCGCCACAACAACAGCAACAGCAGCCUCCACCACAGCAGCAGCCACUGUAUUCACACCAGCCAGCACCACCGCAGAGCAUGGCACAGUUCCAGCCAGCGCUGGACUUCAACGGACAACCAAUCAACGUUGUUUCUCAACAGCCAACACAACCACAGUACCAGAUGAACGUUCCAGGUAAAGUCAUCAUGGGCGGCUUGGCCACAAUGGUUGGCCAAAACCUGUUCAAUGGCGAUGGAUACGAAUACCGUGGGCUUUCAGCGUUCCCAAUCUUUGCGACGCCGUAUGGCCAGCUGUUCUUGUCAGUGCUGCAGUACUUCACCGUUGCAAUGGCUGUCAUGUACAUCUUCUUGCCACAUUUGUUCUCCACCAGUGGUACUGAGGAUGUGAAGAUGAGAAGAAGAAACAGCUCGACGGUAUCUGCAAACGAAUGGUACGAAUUGAUGAAAGAAUUGGUGUUUAUUAGCGUUGGUCAACAGCUCAAGCAUGAGGUUUCUGAGUUUGAAGUGAAUGCCCUUUUGAACGCAUCGUUGAUCAAUGGAGACUCCAUCCCAAGCUUUUCGAGUUUGCUGUACAGCUUGUUCAAAUUGCAGACGUAUGAGUCCAAUUUUGAAGUUGAAUUUGGGAAAUUGGUGUUGGGCAAGUUGUUGAAGGAACACUCUGAUAUGACUGCGAUCUUCAACCUGAAUACCGUUGUGAAGAAGAGCAUUGCAAAGAUUGCCAAUUUGAAAGUUCCCUCCCACUCGUUGAGAUAUUUCUUCAAAGAGUUGCAGAACCCAAGUGGUGAAUACACUACAGAGAGUUUCACGAGGUUGCUUAACGUGAUUUGUAACUUGCCACUGGACCUGAACUGCUCAAGAGGGUUGGACUAUGAAGGUUUCAAAGUGAUCUUGAACGAUGACCGUGUUUGUCACGAUUAUAAGACUUUACUUGUCAGCUUUAGAGCGAUGGAGUUAUUCCGUGAAGUGAUGCUGAACUACAUCGACUUGACUUUCAACGUUAGUGUUUCAGAGCUGGAUAGUGACGAGUUGAAAGAACGUAAGAAGGACCUAUGGGAUAUGCUCAACUUGGCCGAUAACUUGGCUCCAGAGAGAUCCAUUUGUCAAAUCCGUAUCAAGCUGUUCAAGUCCAUCCUCAACGAAAAGUAUCUCGAUUCAACUCUGCAGCUGAUCCAGGAGGAGGCUCAGCCAAGCUCAUCUGAGACGUUGGUUGAUAUCGUCAGAGAAGCUGAGACCAGAUCUGCAUCUUCUUCACAGGAGACGUUGAGCGUUGACGUUGACGAACAAGAGCACGAGAUCUUCACAUCUGAUGAAGAAGCUGGGGACUCGGACGUGGAACAGGAGCACAGCGAAGAGGAGGAGGAUAUUCCUGCGUCCAGAUCAUCGACUCAUGAGAGUCUGGAAUCUUCACAAUCGUCAGUUGGUGUUGUUGACGACCGUUUCAAGACACUCGUAACAAAGGACCUCUUCAACGCUUUAACGUCUGCUUCUAUCUUGAAGUAUGCCCGUUCUCACAAGCACAAGGAAGCCAAACAGUUGUUGAAGUAUCUUGCUCUUUCCAAGACUGACAUUUCACUCUUGUCAUUUAUCUGCCUCUUCAAACUUGCCCAGAAGUAUCCUAAAGAAUGGUGCGCCGACGAUAGCCUUGAAGGUGAAGCCCUAGAACAAGUCGUUGGUACAUUGAGACUGUGGGUUGGUGAUUCCUCAAACAGAAGCUUUGACGAUGCCAAAGAAGUUAGCAUCCAAUUGAAGAGGGAGAUUAGUGACAAGCUCGUUGAAGUGAGCAAGAGUUUCAACGAAGUUGAAGCUUAG